UGUCGCAUGGCCAUAUCCAGUCGAUUUGUCUGCUGCUGUUGUUGCUCUCCCUUCCCUCCCCCACACCACAACAGCACAGCGCAUCACUCAGGCCGUUGUAGUGUGGCGGCGGACUUAGUUGGGUUGCCGUCGCGUCAACACCGUGGCCCUUGUUGCCAGCUGAGAGUGUGACAGGGGUAGAUCAUUGUUUGUCUCGUGGUGGGUGAACCUGCAGCUUACAAGCACUAGCCAUGAGCGAGCGCAUGCGGAAGCUGUACACGCUGCUGGAGACUGCGCCAAAGUCGUCCAAUCAUGACACGCCAGCGAAGAAAUCGGAGCGCAUGGCGGCAUGCACCAGCUUGUCUGACGCCGUGUGCUCUCGACAGAACAAAGCUGGCGAGGACUUCAAACGCUUGUUGCAGCUGACCAUCGAAGGCUUGCUCAUUGCAUGUGCGGAUGUUGACUCCGAUGUCCGUCUGCAAGCAGACGAGUGUCUCAAUCGCACGAUCAAGAAUCUGAUGGAAGCUCAUCUUCCCAUCCUACAAGUGGCCCUCCUCAAAGUCAUCAAGAAGAAGGAAGGCGUGGCACCGAAGUCGCUUCGGACGGCCCUCAACAAGUUUGCUGAGCUGGCCCACCUCGUCAAGCCAACGAAACGAGAGGCGUUUGUCAACACCUUUGUGCCAAACCUCGAGCGCAUCUUGGCCCAAGACAACGAAUCCGUGCAGGAGACCGCUGCAGUGUGCAUGAGCAAGAUCUUCGAGGCGCUGGGUCUGUUUGUGCAAGACGUGGACAUCAGCAAGCUGCUGCGCGCGCUGCUCAAGAACAUGAAGUCGCCAAGUCCGACCAUUCGCCGGGCCGCCUCUGACGCCGCCAUCGCCAUCUGCAGAAACUCCCGCACGCCUCUGCACCACAUCCAGCAAUUGACCAACAGUUUGUUUUCUCUCUUCCAAGACGACGCCGAUGCAGACGACAAGAUGAAAGACCACGCAACGCUGGGCAAGCUGCUUGCGUUUCGCAAAGUGAUGAUCACACACCAGCAAGUCUCCAAGGAAUGGGGGUCGACGGAGCACCUGUUGGAUGAGCCGCUGCUCGAGCGAUUGUUUGAGUUGUUGUUCAGCUGUCUCGACGGAAAGAACCACAACGUCGUCACGUCCGCCCUAGAAACGCUGCAGCAGCUGCUGUCUGUGCUUCGUCGUGAGCUGCUGUCGUGGUAUCGCAAUCCAGAGCGCUCCGUCCCGCUGUUGCAGAAACUGUCUUCAUUCCUGCAAAAGGGAGCAAAGCACCGUGUCAGCGUCACCGCCCUGGCCAUCUCCUGUCUCGGGCAGAUGCUGACCUUCGAGCCAAGCUUCUUUCGUGCACUGGUGGUUGAGAACGCGCCCAAACCCGCAAAGAAACCGUCCGCAUCCGGCACGUCAGCAUCACCAUCAGCGACAGCAACAACUGCAGCAACAGGAGAAGUAGGAGGUGGCGAUGCGGAGGAAGCGAAAGUGCCGCUUGCAGAGCUGUUGGUGCGAUUCCAAUUCCACGACGAUCCGUUGUUGCGCGGCAACUGCUACACGGCCAUCUCCGUCCUGCUCAAGGCCUCCCUGGCGCGCAAGCACUAUGUGUUUGACUUUGUGCCCGCACCAACGGGCGAAUCCCCCUUCCCCUACGACGAGUGCGACGGACACUACGCGCUGUCCACGCUGUGCGCCCGGCUGGUGGAGGGUCUGAACGACCCCAUCUCCACCGUUGUGCGCAGCGUGAUGCUUGGGCUGCGGGACUGCGUGCCGUCGAUGCUUCGCAGCACGCUGGGCGCGCUCGGGGUUGAGAUGCUCCAGUACAUGCUGGCGCUCCGCUUCAGCUCCUACUGGCUGUUGAAGGUGGACCUUGCCGACAUGAUUGGCGAGAUUGACUAUGUGCUGGUGCACUAUCUGGAGCAAGAGAAGCGCGUGCCACGCCACAUCCUGGACCACCUGCCGACGACAACGCUCUCCUUCCCGCACCGCAACCGCCCGCUCAGCAGCUUCAACAGCCGCGUGCAGCCCAUGGCCAUCGACACGCUCAUGCAGCUGCUGGGCGACGAGGACCAGCGCGUUCGCGCCAAGGCUGCCCACGCUUUUGUGCGUUUAACGGCGCUGCUGUUCUUUGAGGAGGACUGGCCAGGCCAGGAUGCCCUUGCUGCCGUGGUGGAGCGACGCGCCACCUACCUGGCCGGCGUCGCCACGUCCAUCUCGUGGUUUGGCGACGGUGAGGGAAACUUCAACAGAGAGACGCACCUUGACGUGCCGCGGGCCAACCUGUCACGCAUCAUCGACAUGCUUGUGCAGCAGCUGCGUACGGCGCAGUCCAAGUUUGCGCUUGCCGGGUGCUACCACGCCCUGCACACGCUCACAUCGACGACCGAGCUGCCGAUGGAGGUGCGCUACACACCCGCAUCGGACAGCCCAGGCAACCCGGCGGUGUACGUCGGCGACAUUUUGCCGCUUGCACUGGACCACCUCACCCUCUCCACCGUGCUGACCGACACAGCCAUGCACGUGGACAUUAUGGCGCUGGUGGCGACGAUUGUGCGCCGUGCCGACCGCUCGUUUAUGGAGCCGCACUUCCACGAUCUCGUGGCACACGUCAUGCGCAUCCUCAACAUCUGCGUGCAUGUGGUGGAGAACCGGGCGCCAAACGCAAAGGACGCACGCCCGGAGCGCCGGCGCACAACUGUCUCGGCCUCGCAUGGGUCGGUGGUGAGUGGAUCUGUGUCGUCAACAGCAGCGACAACGUCGCCCCGUCCGCGCACGGCGACGGAGGUUGACAUCAGCUCGGCCAGCUUCACUCAUCGGCACCACGCGCAGCAGGAGAGCGCUUCGUCGCCGUUGUCCAUGCCGGCGCCUGUGGACGAUUUCUCCGGACGCGAGGGCCGAAUUGGAGCAUUUGCACACCUGAAGCACUACGUUGAGCUGUACGAUCUGCUAAACGCGACAUUCAAAGCGAGCAAGAUCACGCUCAAGGCGGAAGAAACAUCCAAGUUUGGAGACAUGGUGCGGGUGACGUUGGAAGUGCUGGCGUCACUCGUGGUCGUGGAAGGCAGCGCAUUCCAGCAGAUGGCCCAAGAGGUCAUCGGAUACUUGCAGGCGCUGAUGGCUGCAGAGCCGCACAAUGUGCUUGUGUGCGUGCACAAGCUCAUUGUGAACCUCUUUGGCUCUCCGUCAUCGCGUGCAAGUGCGCGUUUCGGGCGCAUGGGUGGGCAGUCCUCCCUGGAAUUGCAAUCGCUUGAUGACGAACUUGACGCCAUUGCGGACGAACAGUUUGCGCAGCAGCCAAACACAGGGUUCUUUGAGCGUUGCAUCGGCGUCACGCGGACGCACCUCUCUGAUCUCCACCUUCGCAUGUCUCGCGUCUCAGACUCGUCGCAGAGCAAGACAGUGGACAGUUCCAUGCGACAACGCGCUUCCAUGAGUCCGUCUCGCAGCGCGGGCUCCGCCAACCGCGACCGGAUGCUGCAGUUUGUGCGGCAAAUUGAGCCGCUGGUGCUCAAGGCGAUGAACUCGUACACAUCCACGUCGUCCAUUCCGCUACAGCAGCAGAUUAUCUGGCUCCUGUGCCGCCUCAUGACUCUCAAGGUCACCUACACCGUCCUCGACCCAAACCAGGUGCUGGUGCGCUGUCUGGUGAAGCAGAUUGGGCUGGUCAAGAGCGGCAACGUGCGCUCGGCGCAGAUCCUGCUGCCGUACGUCUUCCAGUUCUUCCUGCUGCUGGUGAACGAGAAGGGGGUGAGCCUGACCAUGGAGCAAGUCGUGCGCAUGGCAUCGGAGGUCAUUGAGAGCAAGCAUCUCAAGCCGCAGGAGACGCUGUCGGCGUUCAAGCCGUUCAUUCGCUACUUCUUCGUUGAGCAGGCGCACUCCUACCGACCGAGCACGCCUGCUGUUCAGGAGCAGCAGCAGCAUGUUGUGAAGACGCUGCUGGGGCGGCUGUCUGAUCCGGCUGUGCAGGACCAGGCCGCCAUCCUGCUGCGCGCCGUUCGUCACGACCCAGACCAGUGGAAGAAAUACAGCAGACAGUUUGUGGACAGCAUGCUGCCGCUGUUGUCAAAGGGAAAGACGGAGACGCGCGGUGUGCGGGCGCUGCAAACGCUGCAUCGUCUCUUUGAGAGCGUCGCGCCCCAGGCGUUGCGUCCCGCCAAGAUUCUGCUGCGCUGCAUGUUCGACUCCAUCCUCCCAAACAUCAAGAUACCGUCAUACAUCACUGCACCGGAUAUGGAGAGGGAGCGACCGCGGAGUCUGUACGCGUGGCUGCCGGCCGUGCUCGCUGUCAUGAAGGUUCUGCGCACGACCAAAGAGACGGAGCUGCUUGCGGGUCUUCAGUCCGUGCUACUGUUGGACACGGAUGAGGAGCGAGCACUUGCCCUUGUGGAGUGUCUGUUCAAAGUGAUUGUGCUCGUUGGCCGCCACUUCACGCACCCGACCACCUCUCGCAGCGAAGUGCUGAGUCAGCAGUUUGCACAGCUGCUGCAGUUUGUGUACGGGCUCGUGGACACGUGCGGGCGACAGCCGUCCUCUGUUGUCUUCCGCGCAGCGCAGGAAGCAGUCACGCGCGUGCACGAGACGGUUGACGGGCUGAUGGACCUGGUCAUCUACUCAAACCCACUCAUUGCCGUGUACUGGUACCAGCUGUACGGCCGCCUCCACCCAACUCGCAUGACCCGCCCAGACGAAGUGUUUGGGUGCCUGCGAACGCUUGAGACGACAGUGCCGACCAGCGUCAACUUUGGUCGCGAUAUUGCUGCGCGCGGGGCUUUUCUCCUCCUCUGCGAACGAUGGGCCUUGCAGUUUGCCGAGUUCUCGCCUGAAGACCACAUGUCUGUGGUUGCGCUGUUGGAGAGCAACAAGUCUUCGUGGGGCCAGCUGCUGCUGCGCAUGAGUGCAGAGACACCGGUCUCGCAAACCAUUACCCACCUCCUGUGUGAUCCGUACGCACCGCACUACACUGCCGCUGUUGAAGCUGUGUCCCACUUGUGGGCCGCCCUUCACGAGCACAGCGCAAUGACACGCGUGCAGCAGCAAAUGCUCGAUCAGGCACUCGCUUCUCGCCUCUGCAAGGCGCCCGCAAGCGUGCCGCUGCUGGAGAUGGUGAUUCAGCGGGCAAUUGUUCACAACACACGCGCGCCGUUUGUGUGUGCGAGUGCGGAUCUUCUCAUUCGGCGCCGCCUUGAUGACCUUGAUCUUACAAACCGAACGGUUGCAGCCCAUCUGCGCGACAUUGUUGCGCCAAUCAAGUCCCGCUGCCCGCGCACGUACAAGUGUCUGUGUGCUGCGCUUGAGGAAACAAGCACAACAAUGCCAUCACCUGCGCCAGAGCCUGGGGCGAAAGCACAGGCCACAGUGGAGGCACUGCUGGGACAGGAACCGGCACAGUCGUGGUGGGAUAUUGCCUUCUCUCUUGUCACCACCACCGCUGGCAGGCAGUAUCCAAUCAGCUCCAUCGUGCACCUCCUUCUCUCCGGCACUCCAGAUGAAUUCAAGCUGCUGAUUGAGCACGAGUCAUUCGACGCGCGCUACUUGCAACCGCUCAUCAAGGGAGCAUGCGAGGGCCUGCGCAGCGAGAGCCAUCUCGUCACCUGCGAGCGGCAGUGGUUUGUGCGCAGCGACAACCCUGGCGCAACGCAGGAGGCAAGCACGUCCUCUGUUGUGAAGCUGGGCCAGCUGAUUGUCAUUCUGAAGCGCGUGAUUCUUGCCCGCUUGCAACGCCUGCUGCAGCAGAAGAAAGAGCAGCAGCAGCAACAACAACAACAACAACACGAGCAACGCCAGCGUGAGCAAGGCGAACAACAAACACCUGCAUCCUCACCCUCAUCCCCGUCAUCAUCAUCAUCGUCAUCGUCAUCGUCACCGACUCCAGUGAUGCUGAGCCGAGUCGGGGCGGAUGUGCUGCGAGCUGUUGGUGCCCUUGCUGAACUGCACACGCAGGCGUCCGGUCUGCGGGCCAUCUGGCAGUGGAAGCUUGUGCGUGACACGACGACAGACGAGUUUGGCGAUUUGAAUGAUGAGGUGCGCGCAGCGCUGGACAUUCUGCCCGAGCACGCGCGUGCAUUGGCGGAGGCUGCCGUGUGUGCUGUGGAAGAGGUCAACGUGCGCCUGCACCAGCACACGUCCAUGCCGCUCCCGCUCUGGCCCGUCACCGUCGCACUCGACACAGUCGUGCUCAUUCUGAAGCACCCGGGUGUAAAAACGCACCUCGUACGCGAGGCCCCAGAUGAACUCACGCCGCUUGGUAUUGAGCUCAUCUCAAGCACGGUGGACGUUGCGUACGACCUCUUCCGCUACACGACGCUGUCGCGGUUGCCACCGCACCCGCGCGACCCCGUGAGCCGGCUUGACCUGCAGGAGCGACUGGAAGGCGAUGACAUGUAUGGCGCCGAUGCGGACGACCAAGAGCACAAGAAGCCGUCGGAGGAGGCUGCAGAGACACGCGUGUCUGGCUUGACACUGCUGACACUGCACCGCUUGGGCCUGUUGACGAAGGAGUCGACCAACGUGCUGAGUCCGCGCGCCGUGGGGCGACUGCUCAACCAAUAUGGGGGCCGUGAUGAGACGCUGCCACACUUCUUCCGGCUGUCGUUGAACGCGGUUGUGGCGAACGUGGCGCCACUGGUGAUGACGAGCAUGCAGCAGUACGCGCUGUGCUGCAACCCCGAGUCGUGCAAGCCAUCCAGCCGCAUUGUCACGUUCCUGCAGCAGCUGCAGGUGUCCGAGGGCGUUGGCAUGCGACGCGAGCUCCUACAGGACGACCACGUUGCACAGGGGCUGGCGCACCGUGUACGCAUCAUUGGCUUCCGUAACACGAGCGAGGAGGCGCUUGGCCUGCUGUGGACGUGGCUGCGCGACAUUGUUGAGCUCCGAGACGACCAGCUCACCCGCGAGUCGCGAGAGACGACGACGCUGCUGGCGGUGCGCUCCCUCACCACGGUGCUGUCCAUGAUUGAUCCUGAGGCGCACACGAGCGUGUUCCCGCCGUACCUUGAAGUGGAGAACAGCCUGAGCUCGUACCUGGAGACGGUUGCGGGGCUCUAUCUGCACCGUGUGCAUCUCAUGCAACGCUUUGACUACAUGGCAACGCACGGCACAACAUGGCGCCAGCUCGGCCGUCGCAUGACCCAAAUCUCCCCAGACGACACGGCGAAAUCCGUGUCCUCGCUGCGGCGCUGUGUUGAUGAGCACGCUGCGUCUGGCGAGCUCCAGUGCCACCGCUUCUUGAUCUAUCUGCCACAGGUCAUCGAGAUGUGCCUGUCGCUUGUUCAGCGAGAUUCCCAGGCUAUCAAGAUCCUCAACGGCGCCUGCGAAGCGCUGCACGUCUUGUUGGAUAAAGUGCAUGAUGCAAAGCAGCUCAGUGACAUUGCUGUUGUCCUCUUCGACUUGGCCAACAGUGAACUGAUUGCAGACGACCACAUUGUUCUUCGCUCCGUUAUCCCCAUCCUGUGCAAGCUCCAGGCCAUUAACCACGAUGGCGACCACCGCCGACUGGAGUUGAUCUCGAACAUGCUCCACACGGCUCUCGGCAGCCAGCUCCCGUCGGUUCGCAUGGCCGCACUCACAGGCAUCAAGUAUCUUGCACAAGGCCACUUGAGCCUGGCAGCGUUGCCCUUUAUCGAUCACGUUCGUGACGCCGUGCAGGUGCUGACCAAACACGCGUUGCUCGAGCAUUCCCAGAUCACCGCCGCCACCACGGCUUGGGUUCCCCGCCUGUUUUGGGCCCGCGCAUUCGAUGCAGCAAUCCAGGUGAUCAUAUCGUUCCCCGAGGAGGCGGACAAAGCAAACUUGACGUAUGACCUGACGGCUGACUUGUCGUCCAUGUGUUUGGCGCCCGGCAACCUCUCAGAAGCAUCAUACUCCCGCACGCUCUCUGCGCUCGUUCGGCUCGUGCUGUCGUUUGUGCUGGACAGCCGCGAGACAGACGCGCUGCUGACGCUUGCCGGUAACGUCAACAACCGCUCUGGGCUCUUCUCUCUUCUGGACGUGAGUGAGACGGUGUGCGCCACGGCGCUGCUGUACUCCAAGGACGAGUACCUGAUCCACGAGCAGCUUGGAGACGCGUCCCCACGCGCUGUUGUGGAGCGACUGCCCCUGAACUUUGGCGAUCGCAUCACUCGUAUGGUGGAGACGGUGGUGGACGAGCCGUCCGCUCUCGUUUUGGCGCGCUCGCUGUCCUUUUUGCUGACGGACUUUUGGCCAGCCCGGCAAAUCCUGCAAAUGGUGAUGGCGCAGUGGACAAAACCGCAGGAAGGGCCCACGUUCAUGUCUGACGUGCGCUCGCGGCUCAUUGCACAUGCACACAUCACGUACCACGUGUUUGCGCGCAUGCUGAGCCUUGGUUUUGGCGCAGCGGUGGCAGAGUGGGUGUGCCUGAGCUUGCCCAACGUGUUGCGUGGACAGCACUGGCGCGAGGCGUGCAUCUGUCUGUUCAGUGCCGCUUGCGGCGACGCACGCCAGCGCAGCUUACUCUUCCUUGCGCUCGGCAGCACCACCACAGGCCCGUCAUCCCGUGUGUCGUCCAUGUCAUCAUCACCAGCACCAGCACCUGUGUCAACUCAAAGGGCUGAUGGUUUCCCUGUUGGUAGUGGUGGUGAUCGGGUCGGUGAGGGUGAGAGUGGCAGUUCAUCCGCAGCAACAGCGGGCGCCGCCACUGCAGCAGAUAUGGCGACGGCCAAACGCGUUGAUCUUGACCGCGUGUUUUUGAUGGCUGGGCUCAUGUUCUUCAACUCUGGUCUUCUCUCUGAGGAAGCGGUGCAUGCUCUGGUGAAUGUGUGUUCCGCAUCCGAGCAGCCGCUCUGCCAGGCGCUCGUCAGGGGCUGUCUCGCAUGCACAGAGGCAAACAGCUAGCAUAUGUCCCAUGCGUUGUGUUGAGUGAGUGUGUGUGUGUGAGUGUGUGUGUGUGUGUGUGUGUGAGUGUGUGUCCCCUUCGCUCGCUGGCUGUCAGUCAGAUGUUGCUUGAUUGGUUCGUUGGUUCGUUCAAGUCUCUCGAGUAAACGGA